CCCCCGCUCUCUUGUCUCUUCCGGAUUAGGCCAUAUCAGCACGUUUUAUUUAUUGUGGACUGUAUGUUUUUAUCUUUUGUGUCCAGUGAUGUGUCAUAUUUUACUGUAACACGUUCAGUUGUCAGAUUAAUGUCGCUCGUCAAGCCUCGUAUUUAACCAAACGGAGCAGCAGCGUCCAGCUAUGGAGGAGGUGGAGACACCAGAGGAGCUGCUGGCCAAGCAGCACCGCAAGGAGAAGAAGGAUCUGCAGGCUAAAAUCCAGAGCAUGAAAAAUGCCGUCCCCAAAAAUGACAAGAAGAGGAGGAAACAGCUGACAGAGGACAUUACCAAGCUAGAGGCCGACCUCAGUCAGAGGCACGAGGAGGAAAUUAGGCAGCUCAAAUCUACAACUGACACAAAGGUGGAGGAGGUGAUAAAUGGAGUGGAGUCCUUUAAGGUGGAAGAUGAAGAACAAGAAGACGUCAAACAGCCUCGAGUAACCAAGGCUCAGAAGAGAAGGGACAAGAAGGCGGCCCAGGAGAAGGAGAGAGAGAGCAGGAUAGCUGAGGCCGAGGUGCAGAACCUGCAGGGCGUCAGGCACCAGGAGGGUUUGAAGCUGGCUCAGAAACUCGCCCAGCAAAAGCUUCAGAUCAAGGAGAUCUCUUCUGAUGGCCACUGCAUGUACCGCGCCGUGGAAGAUCAGCUGGCACAGCGAUCACAGCCUGGAUUAACCAUGAGUGUGAAGCAGCUCCGGUCCCGCACCGCCGAGCACAUGAGAAGCCAUGCUGAUGACUUCCUGCCUUUCCUCACCAACCCCAACACUGGAGACAUGUACACAACAGAUGAGUUUGAGAAAUACUGCAGUGAUGUGGAGCACACAGCGGCUUGGGGUGGGCAACUGGAACUGCGAGCUUUGACCCAAGUUCUGCGUCUGCCGAUUGAAGUGGUCCAGGCAGAUUCCCCUGCUAUAAAAAUCGGGGAGGAAUAUGACAGUGAACCCAUCACUCUUGUCUACAUGCGUCAUGCCUACGGUCUAGGAGAGCACUACAACACCGUGGAGCGACUGAAGGACCCGGCCAAUGCGGAGGAGAGCUGAGAGGCUGCCUCAGGCUUAGUGUGACAGAAACCAACGUGUGCAAUGCAGGAAGCGUUCAACACUGAGGACCCUUAAAUACUAACAUAUUUGGAGGGUGACCCCACCUCUGAGACACUGUUAAGCUAAGUUUAUCAGAGAAUGUUGCUGUUUUCAAAAUGGCUUAAACGCAGAGUGGUGCUUUUCUGUUCCAAAGUCAGGAUGAAUGAGAGAGAAAUCUAACAGAAUUCAACUGUACUGAAAACAGUGUCAUUGUGCUAAUACGAAAUAGCAUAGAUAGGCAAGUGAUGUGUUAAUGAUUUUACAUUGGACGCCCUGUGUCUAUCCUCAUCACCCCUAGGAUUUCCCCAGCAGCCCAUUUUAGGACACAGGGGUGUAAUACUGUACUUUUUAAACAAAUCCACUUUGGCAGGAGAAGGCUGGAGAGCUGUUGGUGCUGCAUGACACCCAACCAAGUGUCAACAGAGUCACCGAGUGGUUGCUGAACUUUUGCAGUGGUCUUGGAAUGAAUUUGAACUUGUAAAUCAUAUCAGUGUUACAUAAAUGCAUACAAAACCAA